GAAUGUGUAUGAAAAGAUUCUUAAAUAUAGGAUAAAUGUAGGAUGGUAAUACCUAAACUAAUAGGCCUUCUUAAAAAUUAUGACCGAGUUCGCAUCAUGGCAGCAUACAUGGAUUAAUGCAUUUUUCCAUUGUUUUAAACAGGUUACAGUUAGUUCACUGAGGUGGAACAGGAGGUCAUUAUUACGAAUCUUAACCUGCACUGUCCCACUUCAGUCGCCACUCUAAUUAAUGACCUGCUAGAUUAAACAAUGGAAAGGUACACAAAAUCGGAUAAUGCCCUCCCUCCAAGGCCUUCUUAAAAAAAUAACCUCGCGCAGCGCGCUCGGUCAUUACUUCAAGAAGGCCUCGAAGCUCAGGCAUUAUCCUAUAUUUAAGUACUUUUAUAACCAUGUUCCUCUUUGGUUAGUACUAGGACAUCGUAUUCACAAUCCCGAAUUUACAGAUGACCAUAGAUCAACGGUAAAUACCAUUUUCACUAUUAUCAUUCAAUCAAAGUGGAACCUGAGGUAGUGGUUGGAAGGGCCCUAGGUAGUGGUUGAAAGGGUCAUAAUUUAAAGUUAAAGACAAAUUUGAAGCUUUAAAACUACUUUCUUGAAACGCAACCUUUCAGCCUAAAAAGGUUAACCUAAGUACUAAAUACUCGAUAAUUACAAUUGACAAAAACUAUCCGUUCUGAGAAAGGGAGCCUCUGAAUUCCUUUUUCUGACUCUUUCUAUCAUAAUCAACAGUUGAUGGAAAGUGGUCUCUCUGGGGACCCUGGGGUGCCUGUACUAAGCCAUGUGGCAUUGGAAAGAGGACCCGCGUACGUGUGUGUGACGAUCCUGCCCCAGCAAAUGGGGGUGCACCUUGUACAGGUGUCACCUAUGAAACACAAGCUUGUUUCGUUGAGAGUUGCUCAAGUAAGUUGAUAUCAAUACAGUGGUAUAGAAAGAAGAAAACUACUAGGCUUGUUAAACCUUAUUAAACAAUGCUGGACAUUGACAGUAAUACUUUUUGACAGUUUGGAUUUUUAAAAGAUGGAAAAAAUCACAGCACAUCACGCGAAAUAAAUCGACGGUCAACGGUAAAGUCAAGGAAUGGGUGGGUCAUGUGGCAAAAUUGGCAGAGUUUGCUUUGUCGCAGUCCCAGGCUUGUCACACAGCGUUCACAUUUGGAUUAAAACACAGCUGGACAUACUGUCUGAGCUUCUGCAAAAGUGCCAAACGAGGCUGCAGUAUGUCAGAUAUGUCAGUAUGUCAGUAUGUCAGUAUGUCAAAAAUGGAGGCCUUGAAUAUUCUUAAUUUUACUUGCUUACCCGCAUACCAGCCGUCUUGCAAGCUGUAGACACAUGGUUACUAAACAACAAGUUCCUGUCAAUUAAAACGCCCUAUAGAUUAACUUCAUCCAUUGGCUGUACUAUGAAAGUGUAAAUUUGGACAUCACGCUGAGAAGAGUCAUUCGAUAAAAUCGUUGCUUGAUAUUUGCUUGGGUUUCCCUGCAGGAAAUUCUCACUGUACCAUCUCGACGUUUGUCUUCUAUCAUUGUUGAUCACCAUUACCGCCUGAUCAGGGUCUUUAUGUGCGUAGUAAAAUUGAUGGUCAUCUGCGUAUACUGAUAAAUGAAUUUCACGCUGAAUAUAGAACAGAUCAUUCCGGUAGAUAUUCCACAGCAUGGGCCCUAAGGACGUCCCUGAGGACGUCCCCUCUUUAUUUCCUUCCAACUGCUGGUCGCCGUUCCUACACGUGACCUGUUCUCUCUUCCGUCGAAAUAGGAUUUCAUUAAAUUUAAAGCGCUUUCAGAAAAACCAUUUGCUUUCAGUUUUGCCAGAAGUAAUACCGGGUGCACGGAGUCAAAGGCUUUACUCAUGUCAGUUGACAAAACGGUUACAGUCUCCCCCGUAUCCCUCUCAUAUUUCCAGUCCUCAACCAGUCGUAUCAAAGUUGUUUCACAACUGUAACUCUUUCGAUAUGCAGACGUCGAAUUUUCAAAGAUAGUUUCGAACUUAUCCCUCAACUGAUAGCACAGCAAUUGCUCAAAGAUCUUAUUCACCGCCGGUAGCAAAGUUACUGCUCUUUAAUUGGAUAGAUUUUGCGGAUCCUCUUUCUUGUACACUCGUACCCAUUCUCCCCUUUUCCACUCCUUAGGCCAUUCUUUCUCCUGAAUUGCUUGAUUAAAUAUCACCGUUAGAGGUUCUGCAAUCUCAUCUGCUACCAGCUUAAGCAUUCUAGGGGACAACCUAUCAAACAUGUGAAGUCGCGAAUGGAGCUCAAUAAACUAUUACAUUAUACGCUCUUAGUUCCGUUAAUAGUCCUCCUACUAGUCCGCUGACCACUGUCCUGUAUGCCAAUCAAGUCCCUCUUUUCUUAGAGUGUUAACACUCAUUUCGCAUCUCAUUAUCGUACAUUGAGUCCCUUGAGACCCGUCACUACAAAACCCUGUUGCUUUAUGAGGGUUAAAACCCCGAAGGGCGUCCAAAACUUCCUCUCUACUAAUGCUCCUGAAGUUAAACGUACUUGGCAUUUGUCUGUGUCUGAUCGCACUCACCCCAGGGUGUCUGUAACAUUUUUUCUGCAGUGAAAAUUAUUUGUCUUUGUUGGAAUUUUAGAAAAGGGGGAUAGCGAUGCGUUGAAAAGAAACCAUUAUAGUUCUGCAAUAUCUCAGUUAACAUUUCUCAUAUCGAACGCCUAUACAUCGCCAUUCACAAUAAACUGAUCCAUGUUCAAGAUUUUAAGACUAACUUACCAAGAAAAAUUGAUGAAAAUUACUCGUUCUUGGCAUUCAGACUGGUGAUAAAUUAGCCAAACCAUCGUUCUUUGUUGUUUACUGUCGGCUUUUCUGUCACUGUCGCAAUUUGGCCGAGGGAGGUUGUUCCUUGUCGCGAUUUCAUUUUAUGCUCUGUCGCUACUUUUUGGGCCAUGUCGCUUGUCGGAAUUUACCCUGGUGGGGCCUCCAUAAUGGACUGAGAGAUCUGGAGGCGGAACUGCUUAGCAUGGUGUGUAAAGUCGUUGAAGUCGAACCAGUGUUGCAAGGCAUCACAGGAGAAGAGUUCAACAGGGGAGCCAACACCGCCCCGGACGCGAGGGAGAGGCAAGAGGACAGCUUUCUUUGAUGUGAGGAUUUGCCACUACUACUACUACUACUGCUACUGCUACUGCUACUGCUACUGCUACUGCUACUGCUACUGCUACUGCUACUGCUACUGCUACUGCUACUGCUACUGCUACUGCUACUGCUACUGCUACUGCUACUGCUACUGCUACUGCUACUGCUACUGCUACUGCUACUACUACUACUACUACCACUAAUAAUAAUAAUAAUGUGUUUGUUUUUAAUUCAUUAGCUACCAAAACACCUCCAGGAGCAAAUUCAUCUCCAAGGACGACGUUAAAACUAGCAACAACAACACACCCGGCGACCUCACCAGUCACAGGUAGUAUAAGUUCAUUGGAAACUUCUUGGCCUCAAAACUUAAUAUAUACAGCCGAAAAAAGUUUAUGGUCGAGUUAUCGAGAAUUCCCUGAAUUCGCCGAAGAAUGGUCGAGUUAUCGAGAAUUUGCUGUACCAGUCUGGCAGAACAUCCCUGCUUAUCUGUCCGAAGCCAUAGAGCGAUCGAGUGCAAAAAAGGGCGCUUAACAUAAUCUACCCCGAGGCAGAGUCAUAUGCUCAUGCCUUACAGUUAGGUAAACUAGAUAGGUUAGAUGACAGAAGAGUACUCUUGUGCUACAAAUAUAUGGCGAAAAUGAAGUCCCCCAGCCAUCCUCUGCACCACCUACUUCCCAGCCCACUUCUGGACGCGCCUAACUACACCUUAAGGCAGAAAACACAAAAGUAUGAUCUUUUCCGGAACAUGCGCGCAGGUCUGUAGGACAAAGAGAGUGGAGGACAUCUUUACAUUUAAAUUUUUUAAGUGAUUCAAUUGUUAUUUUCAUUGUUAUAACUGUAAAUUACUAUACUCUAGAUAAUAGUUGCCUUAUGAUUGCAAAAUGUACUCGAUAAUUCAGUUCUUUUUACCGCAAGAGAGUUUUAAUAAACUAUUCUUAUAAUUCGAAGCAAACAACCGGAAAUAAGAAUUAAAAUAAGCAAAUGGAUUGGGAGGGAAUGUGCAAUUAAGUAACAAAGCUUGAUUAUAUGUACAGGUUGCGCGUGAACACUGAAUUUGAACUGGUAGUGACAAAAAAGUAAAACAAAGAAUUGGCCGCGGGGGUUGAAAUAAUUUUAAUGUCUCGGACUUCACUGCUCGAUUUUUUUUCCCGACUUGUCACAGGUUUAUAACAUGGUUCGAGUUAUUGAGGUUAAGAUUAUAUAGAAAUUAUCUGAAGAGAAACAAAAAUGACUUCGCUCAGGUACCACGAUGACUACGUGUUGCGUGGUCAACGCGAAAAUUUAACAUACGCUCAUCUCAUUGGCUAAAUCCGAAUACCGCUCACGCGUAAUCAGGGGACUAACUGAGGGUAGGAAGAUCCAUGCUUUUUCAUGAAAUAUUCAGCACCUCUUUUCCCUGAGUCUAUGUUCGCGUUGACCAAAAAAAACAGAUCGCAAUACCAAUAACGAGGGAAAGAGAUAAGAGACUGAGUGACCUGGCCUUAAGGAUUUGGCGCUUUCAUGGUAAAUCGGUGCGCGGUUCUUUGAUGCGGGAUAAUUUUUUAAUAACAGCAUUAACUCAAUAAUAAAUAGUCAUUUAUUGAAUUAAUAUAGCGCCUUUUAACAUUAAAAUGAUCAAAAGCGCUUUACAUGAAUUUAAAAAUAAUUAUAUAUCAAAAUAUAAUAGUUAUAAUGAAUUAUAAGAAAUACCUAUAAAACCUAAUACUAAAAAUACACAAUUGACCACCCCCAAGAAAAAUUAUUCGUUGUAAGCUUAAUUUAAAAGACGCUUAAAAGAUGUGUCUCAAGUUUUUUCUUAAAAAUGUUGAGUGAUGUUACUUCCCGAAUAUUUGCUGUAAGGCUGUUCCACAGUGUGGGGCAGCAGCAUAAAAUGAACGAGCUCCUAAAUAAAUGUAGAUAGCAUACGCCCCUCUGGACGGUCCAAAAAUAAUGAAGAAUUCGAUUUAAGGGAAUAAACAGAACACGACUUAAUAGACACUAAGUUACUAAUAUAGCUAGGUGACAUAUUAUAAAUGACAAUGUCACUUAAAUGUAACAAUUAAAAUUUUAAAAUAGAUGCGGUAAAACACAGGUAGCCAGUGAAGGUUAUAUAAAGCUGGUGAGAUAUGAUCAUACUUUCUAGUGUUCGUUAUUAAUCUGGCUGCAGUGUUCUGUACUCGUUGUAGUUUACUUAUAUGAUAUUUUGGAAAGCCAUAAAGUAGGCCAUUACAAUAAUCGAGUCUGGACGUAACGAAAGCAUGAACUAAUAAUCUUUUAAGGGAUUCCUGGGAAAGGUAGUUAGAAAUUCUACGAAUAUUGUGAAUAUGGUAAAAAGCGGUCUUACAAACUUGGUUUAUAUGACUAUUCAUACUAAUUGAAUUGUCUAAUAUCGUUCCCAAAUUCCUUACGUUAACCGAAGGAUCAAUCGUAUGAUCACCUGCAUGAAGUACUGAUGGAUUUAAUUUAUUUAACUGCUGACGAGUUCCAAUAACUAGAAAUUCAGUUUUAUCAUCAUUGAAUAACACCCGUCCUUCAAUAAGCCAGUUCCUAUAAUUAAAAUAAUAAUAUAUCUUUAAUGGAAUCCUCCAUUGCGCGAAUGGCAUCAUCCUGGGCGUUAGCAUCAUCGGGCUUGAAACUCACGUAUAGCUGGGUAUCAUCCGCUUAACAACGAGCCUCAGUCAGAUGACGUUCGAUAACCUUGAACAGCGUAGAAUUGUACAUAACAAAUAGUAGAAGACCUAAACAGGACCCUUGAGAUACACCACAGUUAAGAUAGCGUUGAUUAGAGAGAGAUCCAUCAAUACAGACUUGUUGGCAUCGAUUAGAUCGAGAGAUAUGAACGAAACCAGCGUAACACGUCGCAUUCCAAUGUCCUUGUCAAGUCUCUCCAACAGAAUGUCGUGAUUGACAGUGUCAAAAGCUGCGCUGAGAUCAAGCAACACCAUAAGUGUGACUUGCUUGAGAGUUCAUGUUCAGUAGAACAUCAUUCAUCACUUUCAGCAGGGCUGUUUGCGUACUGUGGUGUUGGCGGUACGAUGACUGGAGCUCGGGAUAUUUAACAAUUAUUCCUCGAGCCCGAAUGGGCUCUGAGUCAAUAGCCCAUUAGGCCGAAGGCCGAAUGGGCUAUUGACACAGAGGCCAUGAGGGCGAGAGGAAUAACUGUUUUAGUAAAAUCCAAAUAGUUGGUCAAAAAUAUCGAGGCAAAACAACUUAAAGCAAGACUUUACUACUCUUUUGCCGCCAAAAAUCCGGCGUUUUUCGAUACUAGUGGGCUAUAACAUAUAGCCUAAUAGUAGCUCAACCAAUCAGAACGCAGCAUUGAUAAUAGACCACCAGUUGGAUUUUACUAAAAUGAGUUAAUACACAUGUGACUAUGCGUUUGCUGGAAAACAGCCUUCUCUGUAAGCUUAGAACUUUACUUUUUAAUUCAUAUAGCUACCAAAGCAACUCUAGGAGCAAAUUCAUCACCAAGGACGACGUCAAUACUAGCAACUUCAACACGCCCGGCGACCUCACCAAUCACAGGUAGUAUAAGUUCAUCGGAAACUUCUUGGUCUCAAAACUUAAUAUAUACAGCCGAAAAAAGGUUUAUGGUCGAGUUAUCGAGAAUUCGAAGCAAAUAACCGGAAAAAAGAAAAUAAGCAAAUGGAUGGGGAGGGAAUGUGCAAUUAAGCAACGAAACUUGCCUAAUGUACAGUUUGCACGUGAACACGGAAUUUGAACUGGUAGUGACAAAAAAGUAAAACAAAGAUUUGGCCGCAGGGGUUGAAAUAAUUUCAAUGUCUCGGACUUCAAUGCGCGAUUUUUUUUUUUUUUUGCUGACUUGUCACGGGCUUAUGACAUGGUUCGAGUUAUUGAGGUUAAGAUUAUAUAGAAAUUAUCUGAAGAGAAACAAAAAUGACUUCGCUCAGGUACCACGAUGACUACGUGUUGCGUGGUCAACGCGAAAAUUUAACAUACGCUCAUCUCAUUGGCUAAAUCCGAAUACAGCUCACGCGCAAUCAGGGGACUAACUGAGUCCAUGUUCAUGUUGACCACAAAAAAAAACACAUCGCAAUACCAAUGACGAGGGAAAGAGAUAAGAGACUGACCUGGCCUUAAGGAUUUGGCGCUUUCAUGGUAAAUCGGUGCGCGGUUCUUUGAUCCGGGACAAAUUUUUGAUAACAGCAUCAAUUUAAACACGAUUGGAAAUUCAGCCAAGCUGAUGUGGUCGUAUACAAACAAUAAAAUUAAACUUCUAACUAAUUACAAUAACUUAAAGACUAAUAACAUAAGACCUCCAUGUAUUUACAGCAAUAAAAAUUCUACACAGUACAUCAUUAUUCUACACUUAUUUAAUACACUUGAGUGACUUUUUAAAAGCGUCAAUGUCAUGAAUUGAUCUCUAUUUGGUUUUCCAGGGCGUUCCACCGGAUAAUUGACUUGUAUGAGCAUGAUUUCUUGACCAUAUUGGUGUUAGGCUUGGGUAACGCGACUGUACACAGUCACCUGCCUUGCUUCGCUUUAUGUAGGAAAACAACACAGAACAAACAACGAGCCGCACAACCGCAUAAAAUGACCAUGAAUUGAGCCCAGGUUACACAGAAAAAAACAACAAUAGGCCAUUACAAAUAAAAUUUAUUUCUAUAUUUAUGCCUACAUUUCUACGUUUUUACAAUCAUAGUAAAUUUCUCAUACAAAGUCGAUCUUUAAAUCACGUUCGUAAUAUGCAAAACAGCAUCGAAACUAGCUGUAAUUUUGCACCAAGCUUGGGCCGCCUGUGCCUGAACAGAAAACAAAGAGGUCUUUUCUUUUACGUCAUCCGUUUCCCAUACACGAAGUUUUGACCUGAGAAUGGUUGUAACGAGGUGGUUUGUUCAGUUUUGCUAGAAAAUUUCCUUUGACCCUUCUAAUUGAAUUUUUUUCCCUUUUUUUGCAGGAAGCUUAAAGAAAACUCUUGUAAUCGUCGUCCCUUCUACGGUGGUAGCAUUCAUUGUUCUAGCGCUACUGUUGAUUUAUGUGUCUCGAUACCUACACUUUAAGUGGAAGGGACGCAGACGAAUAAAGCAGUACCAGGAGGAGCAAAGGGGAAAGGAAUUUGACCACUUUAAGCUUGUUCAAAAUAAUCCGCUUACCACGCCACCGUGUACAAAUCAAGGAUUUAUCGUUUAA